AUGCCCCGGCAGCUAUCACGCCCUGCACUGCCUACUUUCGCCCUCGCACUCCGGACACCCACCACAAGGCCGCUCUCCACCACACCGCUUCGCUGGCAGAACGCCAGCCACGCCGACGCAUCCAACGCCAAUGGGCGGCGACCAGCUUCGGCUCCGCGUGGCGCAAAGGCUACUUCAGCGAGCGGAGACGAUGUGCCGGCGGACGUGCUGUCGCGCUCGCGUCGGUCGAUGCUGUACGUGCCCGGGUCGUCGGAAAAGAUGAUCAAAAAAUCGCAAUCCUCGUCUGCGGACACGAUCAUCUUCGACCUGGAAGACUCGGUAGCUGCGCACAAGAAGGGUUCUGCGCGCGAGACGGUGUUUCUGGCGCUCGAGGCGGCUGCACGUCCAGGACCGGAGCUUGCAGUACGCAUCAACCCGCCGUCUUCCGAGCGCGCUCUGGCCGAGGACGAUCUGGACAUGAUCCUGCCGAGCCAGCAGCUGCAGGCGAUCGUGAUCCCCAAGGUGGAGCACGAAGACGAUGUGCGUGUGAUCAUCGAGAAAGCCCGCGCGCUGCGUCGAGUCAACGAGCCCGUCCCGCCGCCGUUGGCGCUGGUGCUGUCGGUCGAGUCGGCAGCGAGCCUUCUGCGCAUGCCCGCGAUCAUCGAGGCGGUGCGCGAGCAGCUCGGCCAACAUCCGCAGACGGGUGUGGCUACGGGUGAGGCGCAGGGGGUGGCGCAGAUCGUGGCGCUGCUGUUUGCGUCCGAGGACUACUGUGCCAGCACGGGGAUCCUGCGCACGCGCGAUCGCAAGUCGCUCCUCUUCCCGCGCGCGCACAUGGCGACGAUCGCCAAAGCAUACGGCCUCGCCGCCAUCGACAUGGUGUGCAUCGACUACAAGGACGAGCCCUACCUCGUGGACGAAGCCACCGAAGCCAAGCAGCUAGGGUACGACGGCAAGCAGGCGAUCCAUCCGGUUCAGGUGGACCCCAUCCAGCACACGUUCAACCCGACUGAAGAGUCGGUGCUGCGAGCAGCGCGGAUCCUGCAUCUGUACGAGCACGCGAGUCAGGCCGAAAACAGGGGCGCCUACGGGCUCAAGGAACAGGGCGGGGGCAUGACGAUGAUCGACCGGCCGAUGCUGCUGCAGGCGAGCGCGGUGGUGGACAAGGCGCGCAAGGCGGGCAUGCACAUUCCCAGCGCGGCCGAGCUUGACCAACGCGAUUGA